UCUAGCAAUGAUCUUUACGAUUCAAGUUUGAUUUCAAUUCGUCUAGAUUUAUUACAAUAUAGUUAUUCAUGUAGUCAACCAUCAUCUUUUGUAAAAAAAAAAAAAGAAAAUUUUUAUAUUCAUUUAAUAUUGAUUAAAUUAUUUAUAGUCAUUUCAAAUUGAAGCUUCAUGUUCUUUAGCAAGUACAUUACGUAUUGAACAGUAGAAAAAUUCGAAUAAAUUUUAUUUCUGAAAAUAAUGUUGUUUUGCUUUUUUUUUAUAUGAAAAGAAAUAUUGAAUUUGAAUUUUGGAAUGAAUCUAAUCCAAUAAUUGACAUUGAAUGGUUAAUUUUCUUUUUAUAUAAUAGAAAAUUUUCUAAUGAAAUUCAAUAUUUUUAAUAGGAUUCGAAAAAAUUUACCAGUAAAUAUUAUUCGUCAAUUCUCUUCUGUCUAUAUCAAACGUAAACAAAAUGAUCCAAUUUUACUUAAAUAUCAAUAUUGUUUUAAUCAGACUUGUCAAUUAAUUAAUAAUGAUCAACUUGAUUCUUUAAUUAUUUAUGCAAUACCUUUAAAUAAACAACACGAAAUAUAUGCUCAUUAUUUAAUUAAUCGAUCAGAUUCUUGUAUACCUAUUAGUCAAUCAAUCUAUCGUUUAUGGCUUAAAUGGUCAUUAAAUACGACAGUUAGAAGCCAAUUUUUUCAAGUAGGAUACUAG